CUGCGCAUGCGCGUAAUGAUAGAGCGCAAACACUUGCGGGAGAAAACAACAUUACCGCCGCUAGUCGAGUGGGAUGCGCUCGCCUGAGUGAUUACAGAUAUCGUUAACAAAACCUCUCCAUAUUUAUUGCAGUUUCGAUUUUGAUUUGAUUUGUAGAUGGUGUGCUCAUGAACCUGGCCAGUCAGAGUGGAGAGGCCGGCUGCAGCCAGCUGCUCUUCGCCAACUUUAACCAGGACAACACGUCCUUGGCAGUUGGUACGAAAUCCGGAUACAAGUUUUUCUCUUUGUCAUCGGUUGACAAAUUGGAACAGAUUUAUGAAUGUACUGACACGGAAGAUGUAUGUAUUGUGGAAAGACUGUUCUCCAGUAGCCUUGUUGCUAUUGUGAGCCUUAAGGCGCCGAGGAAGCUCAAAGUGUGUCAUUUCAAGAAGGGAACUGAGAUAUGUAACUAUAGCUACUCGAACACUAUACUGGCUGUGAAACUGAACAGACAGAGGUUGAUAGUAUGUCUGGAAGAAUCACUGUAUAUCCACAACAUCAGGGAUAUGAAAGUGCUGCAUACAAUUCGAGAAACUCCUCCAAAUCCAUCAGGAUUGUGUGCACUUUCAAUCAGUAAUGACAACUGCUACUUGGCGUAUCCAGGAAGCGCAACAAUAGGGGAAGUCCAGGUUUUUGACACCAUUAAUCUGAGAGCUGCUAAUAUGAUCCCUGCUCAUGACAGCCCGUUAGCAGCACUGGCUUUUGAUGCAAGUGGAACAAAACUCGCCACGGCUUCCGAGAAGGGAACGGUCAUUCGCGUGUUCUCCAUUCCAGAGGGCCAGAAGCUGUUUGAGUUCAGGAGGGGAGUGAAGAGAUGUGUGAGUAUCUGCUCCCUGGCCUUCAGUAUGGAAGGGCUUUAUCUGUCUGCCUCUAGCAACACGGAGACGGUUCAUAUCUUUAAGCUGGAGACACAGAGAGAAAAGCCACAGGAGGAACCCACUACUUGGACAGGCUACUUUGGGAAAGUACUGAUGGCCUCCACAACCUAUCUGCCUGCACAGGUGUCCGAGAUGUUCACACAAGGGCGGGCCUUUGCUACAGUCAGACUGCCAUUUUCAGGACAUAAGAACAUCUGCGCUCUAGCCAUAAUCCAGAAGAUUCCACGUCUUCUGGUGGCAGCAGCAGACGGAUACCUUUACCUGUACAAUCUGGACCCACAGGAGGGGGGAGAAUGCACACUGAUGAAGCAGCACAAGUUAGACGGAAGCGCUGAACCUGCAAAUGAAAUUCUCGAGCAGACGUCCCAUGAGCGCCCACUAGUGGCACAGACCUACAGUACUGCCAUUGCCAAAGGUUACCCUGAUGAUCAGGGAGCAGUGGGUGGAGCUGGCGUGGACGACGACAUGAACGCCCUGCACUUGGAUGAGGAAAACGAGCAGCCUCCGCUAGUCCUGGAGACAGACUGAGCGCUCCAUCCCCUGUAUUCCUCAUGCCACAAGGCAGGAAACAAAUCAUGGAGUCACAUUUUCAGAGGGGGUGACUUUUUUUUUCCCCCCCUUCCUCCUCUUGUGCUGCUAUGAGAGAGGGGUGAAGAAGAGAGGGCAUUUUAUAAGCAAGCCUAGCUGUAGCCGCCUUGUCUGUUACGUAUAGAUGUUUUACUGUCCGUUCCCCAUAUCGUGGCUUUUGAAAUCUGGUGAAUUGACACCCAGGCUACCUUUCCUGUAAUUCUAAAGCAAGAAGUACGAGCAGCUUUGCAUGUAAAUGUGCCAAGUGCAAGAAAACAUUUGCUCUUCUGUUCAUGGUUCUGAUGAGUUCAGUGGACAUUCUUCUCUUGAGCCUUGACAUAUGCUUUAAAAAGUGUGCGUGUGUUCUUUCCUUAAACUGAAGAUAGCUAACUUGAUAUGCCUGCCAGGCUAUGCAUACUGUGCAAUGGGUUUUUUUUUUCAUUGUCCAAAACGUGGGGCGUCUCUCAUCUGUGGCGGUUUCUGUGCCGAAAUGUGAAUAUCGUAACAUUUUGAUGCCUUCGUCUUACUUUGCCGGCUUAAUUAUGACACUGACAGUCUAAACAGUAUUGAUCUCUCUGAUCAUCAGGAUCAUGUUUAGCUUUUUUUUUUCCUCCCCCCCCCAGAAAUGGACAGAGGAGUGCCUCCUUUACCUCUAGACCAAUAGCCCUACUACUUUAUGGACCAUUUGAUUAUCCAGUCGGGUGGCUGGAGAUUACAGAGCGGCGUCACUCCUUCCCUGAUAUAAAUCACAAUUUGUGUCACUAAGCAUCAACCAUAUCAUUUAGAGUGGAAAUGAUGUAUUAAUUCGGGUAGAUGUUGGUGUGUAAACACUGCCCUGUGAUAUUAUGUAAUAAACUGCCAGCCGUUGUCUGGUUUUCAGUUUAA